GAGAGCGUGCGUGCGAGGACGAGUGUGUCGAGGGCGAUCGAACGCGUGCGGCGCGGGUGAUCCGUGCACGGACAAUUUGUAAACAAUGUACGCCAAGGGAAAAGGAUCGACGGUGCCCUCGGAUGCGCAAGCCAGGGAGAAGUUGGCGUUGUACGUUUACGAAUAUUUGCUACACGUUGGCGCACAGAAAGCAGCACAAACUUUUCUCUCAGAGAUUCGAUGGGAAAAGAAUAUAACACUUGGGGAACCGCCUGGAUUUUUACAUUCAUGGUGGUGUGUAUUUUGGGACCUUUAUUGUGCAGCACCUGAAAGAAGAGACACAUGCGAGCAUUCUUCAGAGGCGAAAGCUUUUCAUGAUUAUGGUUUUGUCAAUUCGGGUUAUGGCGUAAAUGGAAUAGCACAUAAUACGGGACCUGCGCCCAGUCCACUGGGGCAGAUGCCACCGAAUGAUGGAAUGCCGGGUGGGCCCAUGCCGCCCGGUUUCUUCCCCAACUCAACAAUGCGACCAUCUCCCCCCACACAUCCAUCAAGUCAACCCUCCCCGCAUUCGCAACCACCACCCCCACAUUCGCAGAUGAUGUCGUCGCAACCUUUCAUGGGUCCACGAUAUCCCGCAGGUCCCAGACCUGGUGUGCGAAUGCCUCAAAUAGGCAGUGAUUUCAAUGGACCUCCCGGACAACCAAUGAUGCAGAACAACAUGGAUCCGACACGGCAAGGUGAAGGCGGAGAGUUUGUAGGUUGGCAAGGACCGCCUGGUAUGAAUCCGAUGAACCCACGAAUGAAUCCGCCGCGAGGACCUGCGAUGGGUCCGCUGGGGCCGGGAUCUUAUGGCCCUGGCCUGCGAGGACCACCGCCGAAUAGUAGUCUUGGUCCGGGCGGACCUGGUAUGCCUCCUAUGUCGAUGACAGGCCCUGGUGGGCGACCACAAUGGCAGCCUAACACCUCAACGCCAAUGAAUUAUUCGUCUUCAUCGCCUGGUAAUUACGGCGGUCCGCCGGGUUCGGCAGGCCCGCCUGGUCCCGGAACGCCUAUCAUGCCCAGCCCGCAGGACUCGUCUAAUUCGGGCGGGGAAAAUAUGUACACGAUGAUGAAACCGGCGGUGGGCGGUAAUAUGAGCGGCGAGUUUCCGAUGGGCGGUGGGCCGGAAGGCGGGCCGAUGGGGCCCAUGGGUCCGAACUCGAUGGGCCCUGUGUUGAACGGUGAUGGCAUGGACGGUAUGAAGAACUCGCCGGCGAACGGCGGGCCCGGUACGCCGCGCGAGGACAGCGGAAGCGGCAUGGGCGAUUACAACCUCGGCAGCUUCGGCGGACCCGGCGAAAACGACCAAACGGAAUCGGCUGCUAUUUUGAAAAUAAAAGAGAGCAUGCAAGAGGAGGCCAAGAGGUUUGAGAAAGACUCGGACCAUCCUGAGUAUUUCAUGCAAUAACUCCCUCCCUGGCCUCUGGCGGCUGGUGGACGCCUCUGCUCCAUCCUAACUCUACUAACCCCGGGCGGUGGUCUGCUCAUUAUCCUCCUGUUUUGUCUCUCUGAUCCCACCUUCUGCAAGCCCGCCCCAAUUCUACAGAUAGAGAAAGAAACACAAAGUCUCGGCGCGUGCUCGUCCCACUCGACUGUUGUGGCGCACGGUAGUCAUGCCUGUUUUCUGUUUUGCAGAUAUUCCUAUGAACAUUCUAUCGAAUUCGAACUGACACACUGACUGAGACGAUCAAUCAAUUCAAUCAAUCGUGCGCGCGCCCGGCCACGGCGCCCAUCCGGAUGCGUGCGGAGUACGGACGGGGACCGACCGGACCGAACCGAGAGACGGGUGACAGGCGGUGACGGACAGUGUGUGUGUGUGUAUGUGCAACAAGUGCGCCGAGCAGUGCAUGAUGGACACACGUUUGGGAAUGAUUGUCGGAUCGAAACGUCGGACGUUGUUUACACUAAUCUCUUUCUAAGUUUCUCUCAUUAGUUCCUGGGCUCGAAUCACCACCACCACCACCACCAACCAACCAACAGACACACCUCUCCUCUCAUAUCACUACUGAUAGACAGUCGCGAGCCACCAGCCCAGGCUAGGUCGAUGGCGGCGAUGGCGUUGCAUGUGUAUACAUUCCUCCCGCGAGGGCGCAUUGGGGCGGCGGGCGUCGACGUUUUUUAAAUUUUUACAGUAGGGCCGGUGUCGCCCGUGGGCGGCGACCGGAGGCCGCCGGCAAUGCGCGCCUCGGCCUAGCGUGGUUGUUCUCACCUAAUUUAUAACUCUGUACAAUGCAUGUACAUGCAAUAGUUAAUUUUAAACUAAGCCAAUUGAAUUUAAUUAAUUACCAAAAUUGGAGCGAACCUAAAUGUGUUGUGUGAGGCGGUGGCGUUUUAACUACAAAUGAUGUUUUGUUUUUGAUUUUAUCCAAUCAUUUUAUUUAUACAUAUAUAUUAUAUGCUAUACUAAAAUAAUUACACUGACCAUAUUUACAUCUGCGUUGUUUUGUGCGACACACCCGCCGACGACGUCGCCGAGGGGACGUGGUUUGAGAAUGUUUAUAUCUGUUAUUAUUGAUUUUGCGGCGCGUGCCGGCGACCAGCGGCCAGGCACCCGGCGAAAUUGAAUAUCUUCGUGGUACAUGAAUGAUUUUUUGCAUUAGUUAUUUUAUUUAGACUAAGGAAACACCUAAUUUAUAAAUUCUAUUCUUGAACAAAAAUAAAUUUAAAGAUUUAUUGGA